GACAAGGUCUCAUGUUCCUUCUAUUAAUACCCAUACUUCUCCUCCCCAAACCAUCCCAUCUCCACUCGCUAGCACUAGCAUAGCCGUCUCUUUCUUUUCUGCUUCCAGACAUUGUCCACGAGCUGGUGCACUGGUGUCGCUCGCAACCAAAUUAAGGACUGAGCCAUGGCAUCCAAGGGCGUCCUCUUCUUGGCUCUCAACCUCCUGUUCUUCACAGUGGCCAACGCCUGCGGCAGCUGCCCGACCCCAACGCCCCCGGUCGAGCCACCGCCGCCGCCUCCUGCUACCCCACCCCCUUCAUCCUCCAGUGGGAAGUGCCCGCUGAACGCGCUCAAGUUCGGCGUGUGCGUCAAUGCGCUCGGCCUCGUCAAAGGCGAGGCUGGCAAGGUACCAGCUGAGCCAUGCUGCAACCUCAUCAAAGGCCUUGCAGACUUCGAGGCCGCCGUCUGCCUCUGCACGGCCAUCAAGGGCAACGUCCUCGGCGUCGUCUUCGAUGUCCCUAUCAAGUUCAAUGCCCUCGUCAACUACUGUGGCAAGUGCGUGCCCAAGGGCUACAUGUGUGCGUAAGCUCCGCGCGGUUACACGCUCGUAGCCGUUCGCGUGCGUAAUUAAGCAUGCACCUGCAUGGCACACAUGUAUUGUGCGCCUGCUGAUCUCUCCUGUCUCAUUUGUGCACCUUAGGUUCUACAGUCCUAGAACCAUAUUCCAGGCAAAUUCUUGUCAGUUCACAUGUAUUGUCUCUUGUUGAAUUUCUAUUUUUUUGUUUUAUUUUGUAUUUGAACAUUUGUUUAUAAGAGUUUGCCAUCUUCUUCUCCAAGAAAAAGAGGAGUGCUGCUUCUAGUUUUUAUAUCUACGAGUCAUGCAUGUAAUCUGUUGAGAGUCAUGUGUUUGUGUAUGUAAAACCAAGCACUUGAAUUUAAUAUAUACUUAUUCGAUUUGUGCU